AGUUCUCAUCAAAGUUCCUCAACCUCUUUAUCUAAUCCAUGUCCAGCUCUAACUGCAGAUGAAUUGGCACUUGCAGAAUGUAUUGAAGUCAUUGAAGCUGGAGUGGAAGAUGUCAUUAUUAACAAAGCCAAUGAAAAAGAGAAAAAAUGGUGGAUUGAUGGAAAUUACAAAAUUAUUGAUGAAAAAAGACUGCCCCUGAUCCUUGUAGAAAAUGUAAGCUACAAGGAAUUUGAAAAGAAAUGUGAAAGAGCAAAUGCAUCAAAAUUCUGGGAAUACGAAAAUGGUACUGUCACUAUAAUUGAGUUGCCAAAGAGAGAUCAUGAGAUUGCACAUGGUGAAUUCUCUAAACAAUUUUUAUCUGCUUUUCAUAAUGUGCCAUUUCAAGAUCAAGUUGAUAAUGUUGGAUCAACAAGAGAUGGUAGACGAAGGGGAACUUAUAAACAGUCAGAUUCUUCAUUUGUACCAAACCUUCUGCCUAAACCAGCUCAAUAUCCAAGCGAUUCUGAGGGUAAUCCUUGGCCGACUGUCAUCGUUGAGGUGGCUAAUACCCAAACUUUUGCAAGUAUAAUCCAAAAGACCACUCAAUUCUGGUUGGCUCCAAAUCGA